GUUAGCCUGUGUAGCAGUCCAGAGGAAUGUAAUGAACUGUAGGUUUCAGCAGGAAGGUAAAGCAACAACCCAUCCCAUAAUCUACUGGAGGGGACAGUCCGCUUACGAAGAUCUAUGCUAUGACUUUUCUUUUUUGGAGGUGAACGUAUCAAGAUCAUGUCCCAGCAGCAACGAGUUGUGCAACUGUCUGCGGCGUCCCUCGCGCUGGUCUUCGGCAGGGACGAGGAGAGCUCGAGAGCCGGCGGGGGCAAACACAAUGCCGCCAGCUCGAGCGGCCAGGAGAUAUUCGCGGAUUUUAAAGCGCAGAACCUGAGAAGCUUUUGGAAUAAGAGGCUGGUCAAAGCCAUGGCCGAAGUCCAUUUCCAAGGUUGGAUGGAGAAUUUUGUCCUUCUUGUCCAAGGGAAUGCUAACAAUCUGGAAGUGCUUAGGGAAGCGUGGAUGCGCCGGGCACUGAGGUCUCCAAGAGGAUUUGUCAUCAGAGCUGUGGGUGACCUGUCUCCGAUGCAGAUGGCCCCCAUAUUACAGUCCCAGUUCAUCCCCCUGUCUGAAGUUCUCUGCUCAGUCAUAUCUGACAUGAACGCUGCUCACGUCACUGUCAACCAGGAGGCCCUGAUCAGUCACAUGAUGAAGGCUCACCCAGGAAUGACCAUUCCCACCCAGGACAUCCUCUACAAUGCGCUGGGUGCCCUGAUCAAGGAGAGGAAGAUCUACCAUACAGGCGAGGGUUACUUCAUUGUCACCCCACAGACCUACUUCAUCACCAACAGUGUGGUCAAGGACAAGCACUGGUGGGCUUCUUCUGAGAAUGACCCCCCCUCCCCACCACCCAUCACUUACCUGGUGAGCAACGAGAGCUGCAUGGACGCCACGCCAGAGGCUCCUAUCAUAGCUCACUGCAAGUCCUGCAGCUGCUUCUCCCCUCGGCCCGCCCCCUCUGUCCAGGACCACCAGUCCAUCAGUGAAUGCACAGGCAAGAGCCUGAGGUGGCCCCGUGACACCAAGCCCUCUGUCCAGCACCAGUCCACGUCGACAGCCGUUGACUACCAGCCCAGUGAGAUGAGUAAGUCCACCACCAGCCGCAAGGACAAAGAGAAGGACAAGGACAAGGCUGGACGCAAGUUCAGCCUUAGCCUCUUUCGUCGCAACGCGGGAAAGAAGGACAAGCCCAAGAAGGAGUAUGCCACAUUCUCAGGGCAGUUUCCGCCUGCGGAGUGGCCUGUGCGGGACGAGGACGACCUGAACAACCUGCCUCGGGACCUGGAGCACGCCAUCAUCAAGCGCAUCAACCCUGAGCUGACAGUGGACAACCUGGUGCGCCACACCGUGCUGAUGAAGAAGCUAGAGGAGCAGGGGGCAGACAAGGGCGUCAACAGGGGCAUGUCCACAGAGGUCCUUGCCUCCAAGCAGCGGCACCAUUCCAGCAAGGUUGUCAGCAAGAGGCCUGCACCCAAAACUGCCCGCAGCAAGAAAAGGGCACAUUCCUCCAGGGAGAAACAGAGGGCAAGAAACAAGACCUCUGGAUGCCCCGCUGACCUGGAGGCAGACUACAUUCCAUCCCGCCUCAGGCUUGAAAUACCAGAGGACGAACCAGACCAUCCAGCUUAUGAGGGCUGUUCCACAGUGGAUGCCAAAAAUGUGUACAAGAAAAGGAUAGAGAAUCCCUUCCAGCGAAGAUCAGGGAGAGACACAACGCAGGGGUCAAGCCAUAGAGGCCUAAAAAAGCGUGAGGAGAGGCAGCAAGGGGUUGAGAGUGGGGAGCGGGUGUCUCACAGGUCAAAGUCCUGGGAUCCCUCGCGUACAAAAUCAUCCGCGAAUGAAACCGGGAGGGUGUCGGCCGGCAAUGACAGAUCCUACGAGGGACUUGAUGAAAGAGGACUGAGGUUAGACGUAAGCCCAGACAACAAACCCGUGAAGGAGCUGGGGGACUACAGCUCCGGUUACCCAGACAGUAGCACCCUGAGGAUAGAGGACAAAAUUAAACACCUCAAAGAAGGUAAAUCAAGAGACAGGAGUUCAAAAGAGGAGAGGGUGAAAGACCCAAAGCACAAGAUCCUACAGGAUGAGGGGAUGACAGGUUGUGCAUCAGAUCUGAGGCAUGUCACAAGGCAAACUAAGGAUACAGAGCUUCCUGCCCAUCCACUGCCACCCCAAAUCACCUACCACUACAACACAGCAGCAGUCCUGCCAUCCUGGCCCAAAGCUACUGCCAAACAUAGACUCUCUCCUCCCUUUCAACCCCUAGACAGCAAGGAGGACACAACCCAGAGGUUUGAUCAUGUUCCCUCACAUGAGCAAAUUAGCAACACAAAACUGAAGCAAAUGUCUAGAAGCAGUAGCCAAACAGAAAGUGAUGGUUUCAGCGAUGAGGACCAAACUCUCUAUCAGAGGGUGGUAGAGGAUGAGGAUGCUUGCAGCUCCCUCUACCUCAAUGAGGACUCCACUGCUGACAGUAGCGAGGCCUCCAAGAUUGGCAGAGUCCACCAUGACGGGUCCUUAUCUGGUGAGGGGGACUGGGACAGCACUUUGGUAGAGGAGAGCUUCACUGGUGUGCAUCAGGAGCCCAUGCUAGGAACCUACCAACCUGCUGAAUCCAGGUGGCAGGGGCCCAACUCUCAGCACCAUUCCAGCAAAUCCCUGAUCUCCCAGAGCGAGAUUGUCACCAGGUGGGGGUCCCAGUUUAUGCAUGAGAGCCCACAGGAGCCUGACCUAGAUGCAAGGCCUACCGAAGCUUUAGAAAGCAGCAUAUUUGACUACUGCCAGGCCAGUGAAGUGGAGUCAGACACCGAAACCCUGCACAAAUCUGCCGAUGAAGGAGACGGCAAGUCCACCCACUGGGUCUGCAGUCCCAACGUGGAAGAGAGUCUGCUGGAGUCAUUUGGGAACCUAGAAGAUCUCAGCAGCCCUCACACCCCCAGCCAGAAUGCCCCCGAGGGAACAAGCACUGGCGAAACGGUCGAAAAUCACAGCAGCACAGGAGACAGCGGGAUAGACUCUCCAAGGACUCGAGUGAGCCUCACCUCCAGCAGCUCGGUGAUAUUGGAGGGCCUGAAACGGCGGAGCUUUCUGCAGGACCUGGAGAAGUUGCACUCCAAAAGCAACGGCAUGCGACCCCAGCAGAGCUCUCUGCUGCAGCUUACGCCAGUCAUGAACAUGUGACCACCACAGCCAGCGUCAGCUUAUACAUAGAUUACUGUAUAAAUGUAAAUAGAGCUGCUGUGUGUAAAUAACAUGCUGAUUCAAAAUGUCCCCGGUGCAUUGCUUCCUAAUUGCAUUUUGUGUAUUUGCUGACAUGUGCAUGACUUAUGCUUAGCAUAAAACUGUAUUUUUUGUACUGAGGGAUCUGAGGGUCAUUUAUUUGUGAGAAAAUAUUUUGUUUUCUUUACAUCCUA